AUGAAUUUCGACAAUGACAAAGAACUCAACACUUUGACCAUUAAUCCCGAUUAUGCUAGACGAUAUGAAGAACGAAAAAGAGGCGAAGAAUUAACAAAACUCAAAGAAAAAUAUGGCGAAAUUUCGGUUAGGGCAACAAACUCUAAAGACGAAGACAGUGAGUCAAGCAGUUCUGAAGAAGAAGACGAAUUCGGCGAGUUGGUUACUCCAGAAGUUGACGCACAAAUAAUGAAAACAAUAACUUCAAUACGAGCCAAAGAUCCAAAAGUAUAUGAUAAUAAUGCUGAUUUUUUUGCUGACGAGGAAAUUGAAAAAGCACGAAAAAGUUGGAAAGAAAAGCAACAAAAAAAGUCUCAAUCCAAGCCAUUGCGAAUCACAGACUAUCAGCGGAAUGUUUUAUUAGAGAGCGGAGGAAUCGUUGUUGAUGAUGAUGACAACGACAUUCGAAAAAAAGCUAGUAAUGACAAGCGUGAAUUAACCCACGUAGAGGAACAGGAACAGCUAAAAAAUGAAUUUAAGGCUGCAUUUUUUGCCGCCGACGACGAUGAUGCUGGAAAGGAAGAAGAAUUUCUAGUGGAAAGAUCAAAAACAGCAGAAGAAUUAGAAACUGAAGAAGAAGACUAUCGAAAAUUCUUAUUGGAGAACAUGAAGGAUGAAAAGCAUGAAAAUUUACAGCCAUGGCAAGAUCUAGAAGAUUCUAGUCAAAAUCCGGACGAGGCAUUUCUAAUGGAUUACAUUCUUAAUCGUGGUUGGAUCGAUAAAAAUGCCAUCCGAAUUCCGACAUAUAAAGAGCUUGUUGAAGAACAUCACGAUGAUGAAGAGGAUGGAUUCGAAGAAGCUGUUGAUCGAUUUGAAAGCAAAUACAACUUUCGAUUCGAAGAAGAAGGGAGUAGUAAAAUAGUUACGCAUUCUCGUAAUAUUGAAGGUUCUGUACGAAGAAAAGACACCAAGCGUAAACUUCAACGCCAAUCGCAUGAACAACGCAAAGAAGAAGAAAAAUUAAAGAAAACAGAAGAAUUAAAAAGACUAAAAAAUUUAAAGAAAAAAGAAAUUCACGAAAAAUUGAUGCAGAUUAAAGAAAUUACCGGAAAUCCAAGUGUCGGAUUCGACGAUGUUGAUCUAGAGGAGGAUUUUGAUCCAGUAAAAUAUGACAAAAGAAUGAACAAUGUAUUUAAUGAGGAUUUCUAUGGCCAGGAGGAAAAGGUCUCAAAUGAUAAAGCGCGGGAAUAUGAAGAAGAGGAGGAGGAAGAAGAGGAGGGUGAACAAGAAGAGGAGGAGGAAGCAGAGGAGGGUGAACAAGAAGAGGAGGGUGAACAAGAAGAGGAGGAAGAAGAGGAAGAUGAACAAGAAGAGGAGGAUGAACAAGACGGAAAUGAAGAUGGUAGUAGUUUUAUUAUGGAUGCCGAUUACUUACCGGGUGGGAUACAUUACGACGAAACAAAAUCUAAUGAAUAUUAUCAACUCGAUUAUGAAGAUAUCGUUGCCGGUAUUCCCGUACGCUUCAAAUAUACACAAGUAAAACCAACCAGUUUUGGUCUCUCGCCUGCAGAAAUACUCUUAUCAGAUGACAAAGACUUAAAUGAAUAUGUGCCACUCAAGAAACUAGCUCCCUUUCGACCAGAGAGCGUGGUACAAAAAGACGUAAAAAAAUAUUCGAAAAAGAAACGAUUGCAACAGUUUCGUAAAAAGCUAAAAAACUUGGAACGCGAGCAACCCCCUCCGAAUAACUCGUGGAGUAUUAAAACAAUCAAGCGUAAAGCAGAGCAAGCUCAAUCGAAAUCUUCUGCUGAAAGUAGCACAAAAUUAAACACAGAUAAUUCGAAUGAGAAAACCUCGAAAUCGGGUAAAAAGAAUCUUGAGUAUACACGAAAGAAAAAAGAGAAAACAAAAUAA